AAACACGGUAGACUGUCACAUUUCAAGACAACGCACGUGUGUUCGUUCGGCAUUGCUUUUAUUGUACAAAAGUUUAUAUUUUCAAAUAUAAUUUAAAGCUAAACUAAACUCUUGCAAAAAUGGUUAAAAAGAAGAUUGACAAUCGCAUACGCGUUAUGAUCGAAAAUGGCGUCAAGUUGGGCCAUCGUACAAUGUUUAUCAUAAUCGGUGAUAAAGGACGUGAUCAAGUGCCGAUACUCUAUGAUAUUUUAACGAAAUCUACUGUGAAAGCACGUCCCACAGUGCUAUGGUGUUACAAAAACAAAGAUGAUGCUAUUUCUAACCAUGGACGUAAGCGCGCUAAAAAGAUUGCGGCUGGCAAAAUUGAUGUUAACGAUGCGGAUAUGUUCGAUACAUUUCGUGUGUCCACUACAAUACAUGGACGCUACUAUUCGGAGACACAUGCGGUCUUGGGUCGCACUUAUGGCGUAUGUGUAUUACAGGAUUUUGAAGCGCUUACACCCAAUUUACUGGCGCGCACAGUGGAAACAGUUGAAGGAGGCGGUAUGAUUAUAUUGCUGCUGAAAACGCUGCAAUCGCUGAAGCAGUUGUACACAAUGAGCAUGGAUGUGCAUAAACGUUUUCGCACCGAAGCACAUCAAACUGUCACUUGUCGUUUCAAUGAACGCUUAAUACUCUCGUUAGCUGAUUGUAAACGUUGUCUGGUUGUAAAUGAUGACUUGACAGUCCUACCGUUGAGUUCGAAAACCAUCAAUGUGGAUCCCGUCAAUCCCGCUGAUAUUGGCAAAUCGGAAAACACUGAAAUGUUGCAAGAUUUGAAGGAAAGUUUACGUGAUACUCCACCCGCUGGACCGCUGGUAAAUCAAUGUCGUACAUACGACCAAGCACGUGCUGUGGCACAGUUCAUCGAAGCUUUGGCCGAGAAGCAAUUGAAGCCACCCACCACGCUGACUGCCGCCAGAGGUCGUGGUAAGUCCGCUGCUAUGGGUCUCUCUAUUGCCGCUGCAGUAGCAUUCGGUUACGUUAACGUGUACGUAACAUCGCCGCAUCCGGAGAAUUUGAUUACUUUGUUCGAAUUCGUGCUGAAGGGUUUCGACGCGCUGGAAUAUCAAGAGCACGCAGAUUACACCAUUAUACGUUCCACAAAUCCGGAUUACAAGAAAGCGAUUAUACGCAUAAAUAUUACACGUUCCAAUCGCCAGACCAUACAGUACAUCGCACCCACCGACACACAUCUUUUAAACGCAGCUGAUCUUUUGGUGAUUGACGAAGCUGCUGCCAUACCGCUGCCUUUGGUAAAGAAGAUGAUGGGCCCCUAUUUGAUAUUCAUGGCAUCAACCAUUAACGGUUAUGAGGGCACCGGACGUUCGCUGAGCUUAAAAUUGAUGUCACAAUUACAGAAGGAUAAUAAUGCACCGCCACCAAUUAAACUCGAGGAAUCCAUUCGUUAUAGCGAGGGCGAUGAUAUCGAAGCAUGGUUGAUCAAUUUGUUAUGUCUGGAUGCCACAACCGUGCCCAAUAUUAGUUCGGGUUGUCCCACACCUGAUGUGUGCGAACUCUAUUACAUCGAUCGCGAUGCAUUGUUCUCUUAUCAUAAGGCCGCAGAGUCUUUUCUGCAUCGACUGGUCUCCAUCUAUGUAGCUUCACAUUAUAAAAACAGUCCUAAUGAUCUACAAAUGAUGAGUGAUGCGCCGGCGCAUCAUCUAUUCUGUCUACUCGGACCCAUUCAACGCAAGGAUCAGCUGCCUGAGAUACUUGUUGUAGUGCAAGUAGCAUUGGAGGGUGAAAUUUCUUCACAAACCAUAACUGAUUCCUUGGGACGCGGCAAGAAGGCUAGCGGCGAUCUGAUACCAUGGAAUGUUUCGGAACAGUUCGGUGAUCGAGAUUUCCCCAAAUUAUCUGGCGUACGUGUGGUACGAAUCGCGACACAUCCCAACUAUCAAAGGAUGGGUUACGGCAAACGUGCAAUAAAACUGCUGCGUGAUUAUUAUCAGCGUAAAUUUACGGAUUUAAGUGAAAAUCCACAAGAUGCGCAAAAUGCUAAUGGCAUCGAAGAAGUUGAAGAAGAGCAAUUGGGUCUGCUGAAAGAGCAAAUACGCCCACGUCGUAAAAUCCCCACCUUACUGAAACGCUUGAGUGAACGCGUGCCGGAACAUAUCGAUUACCUGGGCACAUCUUAUGGUUUAACACAAGAGCUGCUCAAAUUUUGGAAAAACUUGGGUUUCGUGCCAGUUUAUGUUAGUCAAAAAGCCAACGAUCUUACUGGCGAGCAUUCUUGCAUUAUGCUGCACACACUGGAUAAAUCUGGUGCAACACAAGAGAAGAAAUGCGCCGAAUGGUUGAGUCUGUACUUCAAUGACUUUAGACGGCGCAUCAUUAAGCUUUUGAGCAAAACUUUCCGUGAAUUCACUACAAGUCUAGCACUAUCCAUUAUAGAUAACAAGUGGGCAAAGCUGGAACACAAAGCACUCGAUAAACACACGCUUGAUGUUUACUUCCUGCCACAUGAUAUUGAACGCUUGGAGGCGUAUUCGCGCAAUCAAAUCGAAUAUCGUUUGAUAUUGGAUUUGGUGAGUGACAUCAGUUACUUGUAUUUCCAAGGCAAACUGCAAGAACUGCAAAUAGACACUUUACAAAAGGCCAUACUACUCGCAAUUGGCGUGCAGGGCAAAACAGUGGACGCUAUAGCUGCAGAGUUGAAUAUGCCCGGCAAUCAGAUUUUGGCUAAAUUCUACGAUAUGCUGAAAAAGACUUCCAAAUAUCUGCUCGCUGUUAUCGAAGGUCACAUCGAGAGCAACAUGAAGAGCGCGACACAGUUGAAUCGCGGCGAAGAUUUUGUGCCAGUAUCGCUGUCACUCAAUGAUGAAUUGGAAGAAACCGCACAACAGUUGUCGAAGAAGCAGAAGGAGGAACUGAAAAAGCUCAAAAUGGAAAGCUUAAAAGAAUUCGCCAUUAAAGGCACGGAUGAGGACUGGUCGAAGGCAUUGACAAAUAAUGAUGGCAAAACGAAGCUUAUAUCCGUUAAAAGCGGUAUCAAACGUUUGGAAGAUCCCGUAGAGACAAGUGAGCCUAAAGAGCAACCGAAAAAGAAGAAAAUCAAAUUUAGCAAAAAGACUAAAGCCUCGAUGAAGUCCCUAAUUUAACACACUUUUGUUUAUAGCAAAGUAGUAAUGAAUU